AUGGAGCCAGUGUUGGAGAGGUCUGUGGGUGGCUCCUCCAAUGCCAGCCUGGCAGUACCUCCUCUGAACCGCAGUGACCCAGUAGAGUUGUUCUCAGGUCUGCAGUUACUGCUGAGCUACCGCCCUCUGUUCAUCCCUCUCUACUGCCUCCUGGUGGCCGUGGCCUGUGUGGGCAACUCCCUCCUACUAGCAUGCAUCCUGGCUGACAAGAAACUCCACAACGCCACCAACUUCUUCAUAGGCAACCUGGCUGCAGGCGACCUGCUCAUGUGUCUGAGCUGUGUCCCUCUGACUGCUUCCUACGCCUUCGAGUCUGAGGGCUGGCUGUUUGGCCGGCCGCUCUGCCACCUGGUCCCCCUGCUGCAGACCUCCACCGUCUUUGUCUCUGUGCUGUCCCUCACGGCCAUCGCUGUGGACCGCUAUGUGGUGGUGGUUCACCCUGUGAGGAGGAGGAUCUCCCUGAGGGGGUGUGGGGCGCUGGCGGUGGGGAUGUGGCUUCUGUCCCUGCUCCUGGCAACUCCUCCUUCCCUCCACACGCGCUACGUAGACUUGCGUCCCAGCGGGCUGGAGCUGGUGGUGUGUGAGGAGUUCUGGCCAGACUCAGACCACCUGCGGCUGCUCUACUCCUUCUUCAUCCUGCUCACCUCCUACCUGCUUCCCCUGUUGUCGGUCAGUGUGGCCUACUGCGGCAUUACAGCCCGGCUCCGUCAGCGCUGUCUCCCUGGGGCGCCCUCCCACAGCCUGCAUCGCUGGAACAGGACGAAGAGGAAGACCUUCUCUUUGCUGGUACUGUCUGUGCUCUCCUUCGCCUUCUGCUGGCUGCCCUUGCAGGUACUCAACCUGCUACUGGACCUGGACCAGGACUUCCUUCUGGUGGGAAAACGCCACGUCAACCUGCUGCAGGUGUGCUGUCACCUGCUGGCCAUGAGCUCUGCCUGCUACAACCCCUUCAUCUACGCCUCGCUGCACAGCAAGGUGCGCUUGCGCCUCCGUGACUACCUGAGACCCCUGACAGGGCGGGGCCGCCAGAGCAGCCUGCUCUCCCAGCAUGCAUUACAGCACAACACUAACACCUGUCUCAGCAUGGUGUCUGAGCAGCCAAUCAGAGAGGAGCAGGAAGGGCCACAGACCAAUGCUGACAACUCCUUCUGAAAGAUGAGACACGCACUCUCCACACUCAGAGAGGACAGGGCUCAGGAUAAGGUGAUGUUGCGAGAGGUUACCGGUGGUACUGCUGUUGAUUUGACUUUAGGUUUGCCUCCACACCCAUCUCCCUAAUGCUCUUCUCCCUGACCCUCUCCCGGGUUCUCACCUCUCAGUAAUUCAGUUAGCCCCACUCUCUCUAAGCGUUCUGUGAAAAGUCUAUAGCACCAUAGUACUCAGUGUCCUACCUGAGGCCAGUGUUGUUUUGAUGCUUGUUUUAAUGUCCUCCAGCUCCCCUGAAGGUGCACACUACCAAUCCCUCAAAUGAGAUUAUGGCCAAUGGAUGAUGAGUGAACAAGGGUGGCACAGAGGUCUCUGUAUAUGCCUUUCUGUUUCUCUCUUUCUGUCACACUCUCUCUUACUCUCAAGUUGUCAGCUGUACAGCACUGAUAUUAUGCCUCAACUGUGAGUGUGUAUGCUGAUUGUCUAGAUUGUCACUCUGCAUGUUUGUCAUAGUUAUCUCCCACAGCAUACUGUACAUAAUUCAAAAUGAUCUUUUCACAAACUGUUACAAGUGAUUCUGUCAAGUAACAUUUAAUGUUUAUGAUAGUGUCAGUGUAUUAUGGCAUAUAGUUUUACCUCAUACAUCUGCAAGAAUAGUUGGAAAAGG